AUGACCAAGAAAUGCGCCGUCAUCACCGGCAUCACCGGCCAGGACGGAGCCUAUCUGGCCGAGCUCCUGCUGAACGAAGGCUAUCGCGUCGUCGGCGUGGUGCGCCGCUCCAGCCACUAUGGCGUGGCGACCCACCGUCUCGACUGGCUGGGGAUCACCGAUCGGGUCGAGAUGAUCGACGGUGAUCUGCUGGACGUCAGCGGCAUGUGCCGGAUCAUGCGCGAGGCCAAGCCGGACGAAGUCUACAAUCUGGCGGCCCAGUCCUUCGUCAAAACCUCCUGGGACCAGCCGCUGCUGACGUCGCAAUCGACCGGCCUGGGCGUCGUCAACAUGCUGGAAGCAGUGCGUCUGGAGGCUCCGCAGGCGCGCUUCUAUCAGGCUUCAUCGUCCGAGAUGUAUGGCCUGAUUCAGGAGCCGAUGCAGACUGAGAAGACCCCCUUCUAUCCGCGCUCGCCCUAUGCGGUGGCCAAGCUGAUGGGGCACUGGAUGACGGUGAACUAUCGCGAAAGCUUUGGCAUGCAUGCCUCUUCGGGAAUCCUGUUCAACCACGAGAGCCCGCUGCGCGGCCUGGAGUUCGUGACCCGCAAGAUUACUGACGGUGCGGCGCGCAUCGCCCUAGGCAAGGCGACCGAGCUGCGCAUGGGGAAUACCGACGCCCAACGCGACUGGGGUCACGCCAAGGACUAUGUCCGCGCGAUGUGGCUAAUGCUGCAGCAGGACAACCCUGAUGAUUAUGUGGUUGCAACGGGUCAGACCACCAGCGUGCGCCGCUUCAUCGAGGUCGCCUUCGCCCGCGUCGGCCUGGAUCCGGACAAGUACAUCAAGACCGACCCGGCCUUCCUGCGCCCGGCCGAGGUCGAUGUGCUGCUCGGCGAUCCCUCCAAGGCCAAGACGGCGCUCGGGUGGCAGCCUCAGAUCAGCCUGGACGAGAUGAUCGCUGAAAUGGUCGAUGCCGAUAUGGCGCGUCUGAAGCGGCAGGGCUGA